AUGUCUGCCCCCUUAUCUGGUCGUCAAUCCCCCUCUCCGGAGCGCCAAACUGGCGCCCAGCAGCAGGAUACUCCCGGAUCCGGCAGGACCAACGUUGGCAAACACCCGGCACCCAAUUUCUCACAGCAAUCAUCGGAAGACUACAAGAACAAUGUCCUCACGAGCAACCCCGAACACCCGCUUGAGAAAAUUCAGGCGGAGAAGUUUGCUAAAGGAGCACAACAUUGA